UUCUAAGCGCCGUAAACACGCGUGGAGAUCCUGGUGAUGUCUAGGGAGUGUCGGGAAUUACCAUCCUCGCAGAGACUAUGAUCCCUAUUAUAUCCGACUUGCUCGCCCAACCCGGGGUCAUGGUGGGCAUGGGGUUGGGAGUGUGCAUAGGCUUCUUCAUGAGGGGUUCCUUGCUGGGAAAUGGAGAGACGGUGGAGGAAGGGGACGACGAGGACAAUGACGGAGGAUGGGAUGAGGAUGGCUUCCUAGCAGAGGGAUCUGGUGAAUACAAGCUGGUACUUGUGGUACGAACCGACCUCAAAAUGGGGAAAGGAAAAGUGGCAGCCCAGUGUUCGCAUGCGACUCUGAAGGCCUUCAAGCAGUCUCAAAAGUCCUGCCCCAAGAUUUUAAGGAAGUGGGAGUUGAGUGGACAACCAAAGGUAGUGGUGAAGUUGGACGACGAGGCUCAAAUGCUGGACUUGGCAGGACUGGCGAGGGAGGUUGGUCUGACCGUAAGCCUCAUCCAGGAUGCUGGUCGCACUCAGAUAGCCCCAGGCUCACGAACUGUCCUCGGCGUUGGGCCAGGACCAGCAGACCUCAUCGAUCAAAUUACUGGUCACCUCAAACUAUAUUAGGGUUUUUAAUUUAUUUGUACUGAUUAAUGGAAUAUUUCUAACUUAUAAAUACUGUGAUGGUAUUUAUUGGCUGAUUGUUAUUAUUUUGAUAGGAAAUGGGAGAAAAAUAAACAAAAAAAGGGAAAACUGACCUCAUGACAACCUGCAUAUCAUGCUAAAUCAAGUAAUUUGAAAUUGUCUUUUUGAAAAGGGAUUUUCAAAUAAUGAAGAGAAUCUUGCAUGUUACGUUAUUUAUGGGUAAGAUAACAUUUUAUGAAGAAAAUAAUAAUUAAUUGGAUCUUUCUUUUCUUUUCUUUUCCUUUUAAUAUCUAUAAGAAAGGUAUUGUGAGGUUGGUACAGAAUUGCUGUGGUUCAGGUGAGCUGCUUCAGGGUAAGUUAAGAAUCCAAGGAUAGCUUGAUGAUUCAAUAUUCUGUUUUUGUUUUUUUUACUGUUUUUCACCACAAGUAAUUUGGUUGUCUGGCUUAGCACUCUGUAAUUGCAAAAUAAUAAAUUUGAGGCACUGGGUCCACAGUUAUUAUAAAAAUGUUUUCCAUUUACCUCACUUGUUUGGAACAGGUUACAUGCUCACAUAUAGUAUAGAAAGAAUGAUGUUCUGGCAUAUACUUGUACCUUUUCAAUUUAUUGCAAUGGGGAUAUGAUUUUUUAAAAUACAUUCAUACAUACAUACAUGUAUGGCUUUGCAGGUACUCAGCCACCAAGGAGUCAAUUAGUAAGCCUGUAUGACCUCAUCUAACACUUGAAAUUACUAGAUUUUUUUUUUUUUUUUUUUUUUUUUUUUUUUUUUUCCAAAGAUUUCUUUAACAAUGCUAUUGGGAAUAAAAAAGAAUCCAUCUGAAAACCAAAGAAUAGGGUAAAGAGAUGAGAUAUGCAGGGAUGGUAAUUGACCUUAAUGACUAAACUGUUGUGGAGCCAUCGAUGUGUAAACAAACUUCAUGAACUAAAAUCCCAAUGCAUACGGCAUUUACAUAUAUACCAUCCCAGCAUCUUUGGGUUAACAUUUUAAGAAAAAAAUGAGAAAGCAGAAAAAUAGGAUUUUGUCUCUUGUGGUUGAAUGGAAAUUGAAAAGGGAUUUAAAAUGCUCAAGAUAUAUUGCAAGUGAGUUAUUCUUCAUUAUAAAAUAAGUGAUAAAAUAAUGUGGGUUUCUGAAGCAUUUUCUUUCCUUAUUUUAUUAAUUACGGGUAAGAAUGUCUGUUAUAUAACAAGGAUUUAACACUAUUUUAUCUUUGUGGAAACAAAUUAUAAUUAUAUCGUAUCAGCAAAUAAAAAAAGUUCGAGACAAAUAUCUGGUUUGUAAUGAGUGUUAUUCACAAAAUCACUUCAUCAGUCAUUACACUAGCAAUAUUUGUGUAGUGUGUGUUGUCUCUUCAACCCAUUCAUUCAUCACAUGCAAAAUUCUAAUUAAACACAAAGAUAAUCUAAUGACCUCAAAACUUUUACACAUAUUGUUAGUGUAUCCACUUUUAUCUAUGUGUUGUGUAAAUAGUGGUAUAGAUUAGCUCCUCAGAAUUUUGUGACAAAGGCUGAGUGACUAACAGAAGGCCUCAACACCUUCCCUUUCUCUAUACUGUAACCUUUCACACAAAUAAACUAUCAUAAUCAA